CAAGGGUUUCUUCCAAUCAAAACAACGUCGGCUCCAAGUUCCUAUUCCGGUCAUGAACCUUUCCUUUGUCUUCUGCUUCUCUCUUUAUCCUUAAAUUCAUUUCCCUUUGUCCUUCUCCACCUGUCUCUAUCUCUGCUUCCUCCUUUUUAUCGUGGUUGACUAGGCCUUCCUAAGCAAAAAUUUGCGUAUAAAACCUUCAUGCAUUUCUUAGCUCCACCCCAUAAAUUUCAAUAGUGUUGAGGAAACAAAGGGAGAGCAAUGUCGGGCGACUGGGGGCCUGUGUUAGUGGCAACGGUGCUGUUCGUGUUGUGCACACCAGGGUUGCUUUGUCAGUUGCCUGGAAACAAAAGGCCAGUGGAAUUUGCAAACUUUCAGACCAGCCCCAUCUCCAUUUUUAUUCACGCAAUCAUAUUCUUUGGCCUAGUCACCAUCUUUGUGAUAGCUAUUGGAAUUCACAUCUACUCAGGCUAGAGCAGAUAAGAGUAGGCAACGCUAUCAUGCUCCAUUUCAUGUUUUUUCCUUGCAAAUUGUAGGUUUUAAGAUAAAAACUGUUCUACUUUUUUUCAAAAUCUCAACAGCUUUGGUGAUUUACGUUUUAUUUAUAUCGUCUAUAUAUAUUUGAUGUAUUGAUAUGGUGAAUCAGUGAAAUGGUAGAACAAAGCAAAUUACACACA